AUGAGCAGCAAGCAAGCCAGCUAUAAGGUUCGAUCCCAAAAAAAAUUCACACAUUCUUCCGAAAACUCUCCCAAGAAGUUGGGAAGAGCAGGGCGAAGAACCUGUGGAGAUGCAUGCGCCAAGUGGGAAUGGAGUGUACGUAUUGGGGGAAGGGGGGUGAUGGGCAGUCUGUCUUUGCAGCCUGCAACUGCAUAUGUAGGGGGCAGUCUCCUCCCGGAUAGUUCUGUCUGGUUGACCGUCCUGCCUGAGAGGGGAUGGGCUGGAAUGGAUGAUGAGUAUGGGGACGGGCCUGAUGUUGGUCGGCUUUCUCUCGGGCACUCGUGUAUUGUGUUGACUGACCUGGUGCUGCUCUCGGGGAAUAAGCAAAGUGUCCGUGAUUGA